AUGGUCAAAGCAGCCAAAAUCCUCAAUAUUCCAAUCUACAUAACGACACAAAACGCCGCCCGUCUCGGCUCCACCGUCUCGGAACUCACCGACCUCCUCCCGGCCUUGCCUUCAUCCACUUCCACUUCCACAUCCUCUUCCUCAGACACUACUACGACGACAAAAACAAAAGAAAUCGACAAAACGGCAUUCAGCAUGCUGGUCCCCGAACUGAGCGCUCAACUCCCACGGCCCGAAAAGGGCCGACUCAGCGUGAUCAUCGUCGGCAUCGAGACACAUGUCUGCGUGACCCAGACGGCGCUGGACCUGCUGGCCCACGGCCACAGGGUGUAUAUUCUGCAGGACGGGGUGUCGAGCUGCAACGCGGGCGAGAGGCCUGUGGCGUUGGCGCGGCUGGCGAGGGAAGGGUGCGUGGUGACGACGAGCGAGAGCUUAUUGUUUGAGAUUUUGGGCGAUGCAAAGGAUCCCAGUUUCAAGGCGGUUGCUGGGCUGAUUAAGGAGACGAAGGACGAGACCAAGAGUGCUGUGGAGACGUUUUGUAAGUUGUGA